AAGAAAACCCACAUAAAAUGUGAGAUGUCAAACUCUCAAUCCUAACACUAAUCACAUAACUUAUGACAUUGACCCAACUAAUAUUGAUAUUUAAACGCUCAUUUAAACGAGGGAGUAACUAAUCACCAGUCAGCAAUCGUAAUUGUGGGGAUCGAACCGUGAUCUUUCCUAUCAAAUUCGAUAUCAAUCACUACUGAAUAAACUAACAUUUAUAUUUAAACACUGAUUUAAACAAGGGAGUAACUAAGAUAAUUUUUUUAUAACAUUUUGAAUACUUUUUCUUUAAUUUUCAAUUUCAACUCAGUCCGUUAAUAUUGAAGUGAGGGAGUAACACACAAGAAAGUAAAAAUCCAUUAUCACAAAAUUUUCCACGUUAUCACCAAUCCCACCGUCAGAUUCUCUACCAUUUCUCGAUCUACGCGUCAAACUCCUUCGAAAAGCCAUUUCCAUAAAAGUGCUUUUCCAAACCUCUUCUUCUUCUUCCUUCAUACCACCCUCACUCUUCAACUCAACAACUUAAUUAAUAAUUACCACUCCUUUUCCUUCUUCUAUUUUUAACCGCUCUUAAUCAAUUUUCUCCCACCGCAAAAUCCUAUAACCUAAUCCUUUUUUAGACAUCACUGAAAAAUGCAGUGAGAGAAUCGAUUCAUCGAUUAAUUCAAUGGCGUUUCAAGAGCAUCUACAGCACGAAAUAGCAUACCAGAGAUUCACAGAAGAAGAAGAUGAAGAAAGAGUACCAUGGCUUAACAACAACAACAGUGUAAACGCGCGUCAACAGAAUUUCAUGCACUUGGAACCGGAGAGAAGGGAGAAAAGCAUGGAUCGGAACCGGAGUGAGAACAAUUGUGAAACGGAAGAGUUAAGGGAAUACAAAGCGGAGAUAUUAGGACAUCCACUUUACGAUCAAUUAUUAUCGGCGCAUGUUUCGUGUUUACGAAUUGCAACGCCGGUGGAUCAGCUUCCGAGAAUCGAUGCUCAGCUUCAACAGUCACAGCGUGUUCUUCAAAAAUAUUCUUCUGUUGGAAUUGGAAAUAUGGAUCCCAAGGAGCUUGAUCACUUUAUGACGCAUUAUGUUCUUUUGCUGUGUGCCUUCAAAGAACAGUUGCAACAACAUGUCCGUGUUCAUGCCAUGGAGGCAGUGAUGGCUUGUUGGGAUCUGGAGCAGUCUCUGCAAAGCUUGACAGGUGUAUCUUCAGGUGAAGGAACUGGAGCAACAAUGUCAGACGAUGAAGAGGAGCAGGCAGAGAGUAAUGCCAAGUUAUACGAAGGAAGCGGCUUUGAUGGCGGCGUUGAUACUCUUGGCUUUGGUCCUCUUGUCCCCACCGAGACUGAAAGGUCUUUGAUGGAGCGAGUUAGGCUUGAGCUGAAGCAUGAGCUCAAACAAGGUUACAAGGAGAAGAUUGUAGAUGUAAGAGAAGAAAUUCUAAGAAAGAGAAGAGCAGGGAAACUCCCGGGGGACACCACCUCCCUUUUGAAGGCUUGGUGGCAAUCACAUUCUAAAUGGCCCUACCCUACUGAGGAAGACAAGGCUAGAUUGGUGCAGGAAACAGGCUUGCAAUUGAAGCAAAUAAACAACUGGUUCAUAAACCAAAGGAAAAGGAACUGGCAUGCUAACUCCCCAUCCUCUAGUACUUCCAAAACCAAACGCAAGAGCAGUGCAGGUGGUGAAACGAGUAACCAGAGCUUCAUGUGAAUAACAUAUUCUCAUAUAUAUAUUUUGAGCAAAGAAACUAUUGGCAUUCUUCGUCGUUUAUCCGUGAACUUAUAAUUGUAUCUGGAUUUAGAAGGGGAAUUUAUGAUGAAAUUGCUGUUAUUAAGAAAUAGUAUUUUAAUUACAUGAAACCCUUGCAUUGUUGUAUAUAUAUGAGGCUGCAGCUUGAUAUCUGAUAUUAGAGGAUAAGGCCACUGUCUACUAGAUUUAAUUGGUAGCAUGCUGCUGAUACAUACAGAAUUCUGAGGCCUGAUUGUAGUAAAGUUGUGUGAAAUUUUAAGAUGUCCUCGCCUCAUGGCUGUUUAUGUCAA